CUCGCUGACGCUAGUCUCGCUGUUUCAGACGAGCGUGCGCACAGUCACUGCCGGGCGCGUACGCGACGUUUAUCCACAAUUAAUACAUCUACUUUUUAAUAAUGGACCGCCAUCAUUCACACUCACAAAUCAAAGGUGUCAGCACCGGCACCACCAUUCUUGCUGUCAAGUUCAAUGGAGGAGUUAUCAUCGGGUCUGACUCCAGAGCUUCUAUGGGAGAAUCGUAUGUGUCAUCAAAAACCAUCAACAAGCUGAUCCAGGUGCAUGAUAGAAUAUUCUGCUGCAUCGCUGGAUCACUGGCUGAUGCACAAGCUGUUACCAAAAUGGCCAAAUUCCAGCUGUCUUUUCACAGCAUUCAGAUGGAAUCUCCUCCUUUGGUAAAAGCUGCUGCCUCCAUCAUGAGGGAACUUUGCUAUAGCAAUAAGGAAGAGCUGCAGGCAGGCUUCAUCACAGCGGGAUGGGACAGGAAGAAGGGACCCCAGAUAUACGUAGUGUCUUUGGGAGGAAUGCUACUCAGUCAGCCUUUCACCAUCGGUGGAUCUGGCAGCACGUAUAUCUAUGGUUAUGUGGAUGCCAAAUUCAAACCUGACAUGAGUUUAGAAGAGGCUACACAGUUUUCAACAAACGCUUUGGCUCUGGCUAUGGGUCGGGACAAUGUUAGUGGCGGUGUGGUUCAUCUGGUCGUGAUCACUGAAGCGGGAGCCAAGCAUAUAGUUGUUCCAGGAGAUAAACUGCCCAAGUUCCAUGAUGAGUAGAACUCAGAAAUGACCAAACUGGACAGUUCUACAAAUAUAACUACAUUGAGACCAGAUCUGUGAAGAGUUUUCUGGAGAUUAUUUUCUUCACCCCCUUUGUAAUAAAUAUAUAAAAGUGUUA